CUCAGUCCCUCAGAAAGGCUCGUCCUCGUUUCAGCGUCCCAGGAUUUGGGAUCUGUGUCUGUCUGAAAGCAGGGACCGUUCGUACCAACUCAGGAUGGGUGCAUGUGUCAGCAGAACAGACUUUGAGUGGGUUUACACCGACGAGCCUCAUGCCACCCGGCGAAAAGAAAUCAUAAAGAAACAUCCGGAGAUCAAGAAGUUGAUGGGGGUGGACCCACACUUCAAGUGGAUCGUGAGCCUGAUGGUGAUCGUGAGCAUAGCCUCAUUGUGGGUGGCGAAGGAUCUGCCCUUCUGGCAGAUGUUCCUUCUCGCCUACUGUUUCACCGGCGUCAUCAACCAUUCCCUUACUCUUGCCAUUCAUGACAUAUCUCACAACGUGGCCUUUGGACAGUCCCGGCCCUUUACCAAUAGAAUGUUUGGAAUAUGGGCCAGUUUACCUCUAGGAGUUCACAUCGGAUCUGGCUUCAAAAAAUAUCAUACGGACCAUCAUAAGUUUCAAGGGGUGCACAUGAUUGACACCGACAUUCCGACUUACACAGAAGCCCUUCUCUUUAGCACGACGUUCACGAAGGUCCUUUUCCUCUUCAUCUACCCGUUUCUUUACACCCUUCGGCCUAUGCUGAUCAACCCGAAGAAGCCGACCUUGGACGAGGUCAUCGGCCACAUCGUCCAGGUUCUCUUCGACUGCGUCAUCGCCUACUUCCUCGGGAUCAAGAUGGUGCUUUACAUGUUAUUCGCCACGGCCGUGACGAUGGGUCUGCAUCCGAUGGCGGGACACUUCAUUGCGGAGCAUUAUUUAUUUCAGAAGGGGCAUGAAACCUAUUCUUAUUAUGGCAUCAUCAAUAAGAUCAUCUUCAACGCGGGAUACCACAUGGAGCACCAUGACUUCCCUUACAUUCCCGGCUCUCUAUUACCAGAGGUACCUUCAUUUCCAACUCCUUACGUGAAGAAGAUAGCACCCGAGUACUAUGAGAAUCUGCCCACUCAUAAGUCCUAUAUCAAAGUUCUAUGGGAUUUUGUAAUGGAUCCCGAUAUCGGGCCCUACGCCAGGGCUUGUCGAAAAAUGAAGCAUCCAGAAAUCAAGGAGCUCAUGGGACCUGAUUCAAAAUCAAAAUGGAUCAUCACUGGGAUGGUGCUCUUCCAAAUUCUGUCCCUCUUUAUUGUCAAGGACUUGGGAAAUAUGUGGCUGUUCCUUGCUGCAUAUUGCAUUGGUGGAACUAUCAACCAUUCAUUGAUGCUGGCCAUCCAUGAAAUCUCUCACAAUCUGAUCUUUGGGCAUACAUAUCCAGUAGCUAAUCGAUUAUUUGGAAUAUUUGCCAAUCUGCCUAUUGGGGUUCCUUUUUCCCCAGCCUUCAAGAAGUAUCACAUUGAGCAUCAUAAAUAUCAAGGAGAUGAGAAGCUGGACACAGACAUUCCAACAAAGUUGGAGGCCAUACUUUUCAAUCGCACAGCCACCAAGUUUAUUUGGUUAUUCCUUCAGCCUUUAUUCUAUGCCCUUCGUCCUGUCAUUGUGUAUCCAAAGGCAAUUACUCCCCUUGAGAUUGCUUGCAUCAUCAUCCAGUUUUCUUUUGAUGCAAUGGUGGUUCAUUUCUUUGGAUGGAGAAUUUUGGCAUAUUUGAUUGGUGGAAGUCUUUUGGCCAUGGGUGUUCAUCCUGUUGCUGGCCAUUUUGUAUCUGAGCACUAUAUGUUCAAAAAAGGAUAUGAAACAUAUAGCUAUUAUGGCCCUCUGAAUUGGAUCACUUUCAAUGUGGGAUACCACAAUGAACAUCAUGACUUCCCCUAUGUUGCUGGCUCAAGGCUUCCAGAUGUGAAGCGGAUUGCACCAGAAUUUUAUGAUGAUCUGCCACAACAUAACUCUUGGGUUAAGGUCCUAUAUGAUUUUGUCUUUGAUCCUGAAAUUGGUCCAUAUGCCAGAAUCAAGAGGAAACACAAGGACUUAGAUUGAAUUCCCAUAUCUUAGUGCUUAUGUUCCUAUGCUUUUUUCUUCUUCUCAUAUGUUUAUUUGAAGUUUCUGUGAUGCUAAGCAUGAGGGUUCUCUCAACUAUUUCAACUUCCUCUGUAGCCUGAUGUGCUACAAGGAUGGGUUAAUCUCAAACCUAGUCGGCUAAUGUUAAAAAGAAAGAAGUUGCGUUAGUUUUUUUUUUAUUCAUGACAUUUUUGUCUGAUGGCUCUACCUUUAAUGAAAUGUCUGUUGUCUGUUAGUAUAUGCAUUACUUUUAUCCAUUUAGUGCCAAUGGUAAUUAUGAGAAGUUAAUGUGAUCUAUUGAAAUUGAAUCUUGUUACUUUCACAAUAAGAAUGGAGAAUAACCUUUACUCUGUUGGUUAUUGAGUAGUAAUUCAUGUUUCUUACACAUGAAUGUGUUUAGUUUGCAUGAGGAAGGGUGAGGAUUUUGCAUUAGUGUCACAAGUUUCUGUGCUUCAUGUGCUAAUAAAAAGUGAGAGCCCUAGGCUCCUAACUGAAAACUGAAUCACAACAAGGAGGACUUCAUUCGAGGGAAACUGGAAAAAGGCAGAACUGGUUGAAUUUUCAAAAUUCAUGAAUGCUGCUCUAAUAGGUUGAACUUAAGCACUGUGAUAUACCUGUGAAUCUAUCUUGCAUUGCAGGUAAAUUGAAAGUAUUCAUUGAAAUGUAAACUUACCAAGUGGCAUCAAAGGAUUAAAAGGUAGGAUUUAUGUCCAAGUACAUACAUCUUGAGAGGAAACAAGAAAGUCUCUCAGUAUUCCAGUAGCUUGAAUGUUUUGAGCUUAUUUCGAUUAAGUUGAUUGAAUACAUUUGAGAGAACUCUUUAUGGAAUUUUUUAAUUGAAUUUGUUGCCUUGCAUAAGAUCUUUGUUGAUUCAGAGAGUGUUCACAUAAUUUGACGAUCUUGGAACUUCCAAUAUUCUUGCUAUGCUACCUUAGGUGCAAGAAUGUAUCUAUUUUCAUGUCAUGCUUGUUUCUUGUCUAUAUGGUUUUGCUUCCCUGAGUAAUGAGGUCAUUUAGGAAAAUGUUUAUGUCUUCCCUUAGGAAUGGAAAUUGUACUUUCAGCUAAAAUUUAUUUUACUGCCAGUGUGAAGUAAUGAGACAUUGAUAACACCCCCUUUAUAUGGACUAAUGGAUAUGUGCAUGGCCAUUGUGCAUAAAAGGGAAAGAACUUAUCCAUAAAAUAUUCUGUGGACAGUAGCCCAUUUUUUCUGCCUCUUUUGUGCUCUCAGUUGCAGUGACAAGUUUUCAAUAGUUCAAAAUAUGCAUGCUCAUUGCAUUAAGUACAUUCAUCUUCUGUUGGCUUAAUUUAUCCAUUCAUUGCAUAUUUGAGCAUGUAAAGGUCCCUUCCUGGACCUUCAAAUUUUAAACUUAUGCAUGAAUCGNAUGCAUGAAUUUGUCAGAAUGGAGGAGGAAGGUCAGGUCUCUAUUAUAGAAAUCAGCAUUAUUCCUGCCUUUCAUUUUUGUUACCAAUAAGUGCAUUUAUGUGAAACAUGAGUAAGGUUGGGGAUUCUUCUAUGCCUUUGUGCCUUCUGACCUGCUUUGGCUUGCAGGGGAAAAUUGCAUGGGAAAGGAACAUUUGCAGGUAUGAUUUAUAAAUUAAAAAAAAUACAUGUAAACCUGUUGGACUUCAACAAUGAAUUAAACUUGCAAUUUUCAGCUUUUUUU